AGCAGCUUCUGUCAAACAGCAGCUCAUCAAACAAUACACCAACCGCGGGGAGAGUCCUUAAACAAUGCUGCGGAUAUUUUCGUCUCCGCGUCUUUGUAGCAGGUGUCCUCUGCCAGCACCUCGCCAGUUUUCCUGGACGACACCGCGACAGCAGCGUCACGUUGGCUCUUCAACUUGGUCUAAAUGCACGUCUAGAUCCACGACCUGGAUCUGUGGGGUCGGUGUGGGGAUCGCUAUAGCCGUCGGGCUGAAGUACAACUCUGACCCCGCUGACAGUUUAUGUGAAGGUCCCGUCAGAAAAGCAGAAAAGACAGAUAAAUACAGCAGUGCCAUCAGAACCAGCAGGGAGCUUGUGGAGCGGAUACAGGUAGGCAUGCAGGCUGAGGUGGGAGCUCCUGGACUGGUAGUGGGGGUUUCUGUGGAUGGUGCUCAGGUCUGGAGGGAAGGGAUCGGUUAUGCUGAUUUGGAGAAUCGUGUCCCAUGCACUCCAGAAACAGUGAUGCGAAUUGCCAGCAUCAGUAAGCCCCUCACAUCUGCAGCUGCUGCACGACUCUGCGAGGAGGGCAAACUCGACCUCGACGUGGCUGUCCAGAAAUAUGUCCCAGAGUUUCCUCAGAAGGAAUAUGACGGAAAGAAUGUCACAAUAACCCCUCGCAUGAUUCUUUCGCACUUAAGUGGUAUUCGACAUUACGAGAAGGAUGCAAACAAAGUGAAGGAGGACAGAGAAAAGGCUAAGCGACUCCUUAAAGAGCGAGAGGACCAGAAAAGAUCAGUGGAAAACAAGGAUAAACCCAUGACAGACAAGAGCAGUAAAAACAAAGAACCGACUCAGGCUCAGAAGAAAAAAGAGUUUGAGCAGGAGGAGUACUACUUGAUGAAAAACUUUGAAAAUGUGACUCAGGCCUUGGAGCUUUUCAAGGAUGAUCCGCUCAUUUUCAAACCUGGCACUACUUUUCUGUAUUCCACUCACGCCUUCACCUUGCUUAGCGCCGUUAUGGAGCAGGCUGCCGGCCAGCGUUUCCUGGAUCUCAUGACCAAUAUGUUCCGGGAGCUGGGAAUGCUUGACACAAUUCCUGAUGAGAAUGACCCCAUUAUUUACCACAGAUCCAGGUAUUAUCACCUCAACAAGAAAGGACGUGUUGUGAACUGCCCGUACGUAGACAACUCUUAUAAAUGGGCAGGGGGAGGCUUCCUUUCCACAGUUGGAGACCUGCUGCUGUUUGGUAACGCUCUGCUCUACAGCUACCAGAUAGCUCAACUUGAGAACACUCGGGACUUGCUGCCGGGUUUCCUCAAACCCAAAACAGCCAUAGAGCUGUGGGCACCCGUUGAUAAGACAGAAGCCAGCUGGGAUAAGGAUGGACUGUACGCCCAGGGCUGGCUGGUGGUGGAGAAGGAGCAGAAAUAUGGCCUAUGCAGGAAACGCAGACACUAUGUGUCGCACACAGGAGGCGCUGUAGGAGCCAGUAGUGUUCUUUUGGUUCUGCCCAGCGAGGAGAUGGUCCAACGCCAAGGACAGACCCCCCCCCUCCCACAAGGGGUUGUGGUCACCAUCAUCGCCAACAUGCAGUCUGUGGGACUGAACUCCACUGCACUGAAAAUUGCACACGAGUUUGACAGAGCCAGAAGCGUGUAAGAGUUCGUUGUUUACAAAAAAGAAAAAGUCCAAAUUUACUGGAGCAUUUCAGAUACAUCUUUUCUUGUGUCAUUUCCAUGGAGCUUUUAAAAUGUUUUUUUUAGGGGAUUAAAUGAAGUGUUACCGUACCAUGAAUGUAUUUUUGAAUAUUUUUUUAGCUGCGAAAUGCUUUCAUGACAACUCACGGGGCAAAUGUGUAACCUGUGUGAACGCACUACAACCAUGCAAACACUUGCAUUCACCACCAGCUGCUUUUCCAGAAAGGAAGAUUGUGCAAACAUCUUGCUUACUCUGUAUGCAUAAACAUGAUAAGUCAGAGCAAGUUAACAUAAACAAGAAGUUUCACUUCAAACAAACUUUAUUUUCCCACUUUUCCUUAUUUUUACUGCAAACACAGAUAAUAAGUAUCUGUGUGCAAUGUAUCAUUCACCAACUCUACUGAAUAUAAGGGUAUUUAAUUUAAUCUGACCUGUGGUUGUAGUUUUGGGUUUUUUGAGGGGGUAUUUUUUAGUUAAUGCAGUUCCAUAAAUAGACUGCAGAUAGAAACACACAAUGUCACAAUAAUUAGCAUUUUGGAAAUGAACUAGUCGUAUUCAUAGCUCUAUAUGUCCGUUCCAACUGACUGAACAGUUGUACUGUAUGUGUGUAUUCAGUUCUGGGUAGAGUUGAAUUAAUGCUCCCCUGCAGAUACAGUAGGAUAGCGUCUCUGCCACUGGGUGGAAGCAGAGUCUUGAUUUCACACAAACAUGCCCCAAAUCUAAGAUUUGUAGGGUGUGUGCAAAAUCUAAUGCAUUGGUUUCUUUAUGCAUUUUUUUUUCUGCAUUUUAGUAAAAUAAAAACAUUUGUUGCUCAUUCAAUAGUGGCACACUUCUACCACGUGAACUUUCUAUAGCCUGCUGUGCUAAGAUAUUUAUCCCGAAAAGAAUGUGCUGAUAUAAUAUGAUAAAUCUAUUAAUAACAAAAACUAAAAUGCCCUCGAAAAGUUUUCACUCCUGAUUUAAAAGAAUUUCCAGCAACAAGUCCAACCCGGAUUGUUUUAUGCUUGUAGAAAUGUGAAGCCUGUCAUUAACGGUGUCAGGAAUUUUAAAGAGUCUCUCAGCUUUCAGCAGUCUAAUUUUUGUCGUCAGUGUGGUUAUUUUUAGAUUCAAAGGAUUCUGAUGAAUUGCUUAGUGCAAGCUAAUUAUACCUACGGAAGCUUGCUCGGUUUGCCGUGUGUUGUCUUGCAUUUCCACCCUCGUAAGGGCCAGUUUUAAAUCUGCAGUGCAAGGACAUUUUUGGAAAGGGUGAUCCCCCUAACCAGGAUAGAUAGGUUCAAGGAGUAAUUAUAGCAUAUAUUGAGGUUAGGAUUAGUUAAAGGGUUGAGGUAAGAAUGAGCAACAAAGCGGCGUGGGAGUGUAAAAUAUGGCUGUGGUAAUUUGGGGUUUGACAAGUCAAAAAUAACAGUCAGAUUAUUUUGUAGGAGUCAAAGCAUAUAUUUAAACUGUGACAAAAUUAUAUAAUUAAAACACAUACACAAUAUCUGUUCAUUGUUACAGUGGGUCACUUAGUAUUCGAUGAGUACCACAAACAAAAUGUAGUUUUGCAUUAGUUCAACAAACACUUAUUUUUAUUUAUAUUUGAACAAAUACAUUGAAAUGUCAUGUCUACUUAGACUAGAUACUGCACAAUAUGAUUCAGUUCCCACCCACUCAUAUUAUUUUACAGUUGGUUUACAUUAUGUGUCUUUCUGAAACUAAAUACACAGAAUUCAGAAAUCUCAUCGGAGUAUUCAUCAGCCUUAGGCUUCAUACUGACUUAUCGAAGAGUAAGCAGCUUGUUCUAUUUCUCUGUUGCUCUCCCAUAUUUACAUUCAAAAUGACAUUUGGUCCAAAAUGACAUCGACGUUGUUAGGUGUAGAGCUCCACCACACAAACGGGGGAUAAUAAAUGCACAUGAUAAAAGCAGAUCAUACUCUAGGGUUUACUCUCCAGUACUCUUUUUCAUUGUUCUUUGAGCUCUGCUUCUUGGCUUUCAGCAUCCUGUGUAUGAAAACAAUCAACGGUCACCAAAUAUAAGCGUAUAUUCUGAUUGAUGUAUAAAAACAAGACUACCGGUAUGUAAAUCCUAACAAUAAUAUAUGUAAUAUAUUUAGAUACUAUGAGUGCAUUGGUAAAAACCUAAAUGUUGUAAUUACUUACUUGCGGAGAUAGUAAAUCACCACUGUCAGCGCCACUAAAAUGAGGAUGACAACAAUGACCACAGCUGCAAUUAACCCUGCCCUCUCUGCAUUAGGAGAAGAGCUAAAGAGCUGGAAGUGCUCACAUCU